AUGGCUUCGCGUGGGUGGCUCUACGUCCAGGCCGUCUUCUGGCGCUUCCUGAUGCGCAUCGGCAUGUUCCUGCACGACCUGGCGCCGCCGCGCCCACCCCGUCCGGCUUUCACUCGUACCGUCCAGUCUGAUGUGCAUGGCCACUCCGUUGUCAUCCAUUUUUACUGCCCACCGAACUACUAUGAGCAACGUCGACUCGGCCACCGCUUCCCCGUCGCCGUCAAUUUCCAUGGAGGAGGCUUCACCCUUGGCUGUGCCACCGACGAUGCUCGCUGGGCCAAAGCCGUGAUGGACCAAGUCGGGGCAGUUGUCGCCAGUGUCAGUUAUCGGCGAGCCCCAGAGCAUCCCUUUCCCGCCGCUGUCGACGACGGAGUCGACGCGUUACUGUACCUGGCGACCAACGCCACAGAUCUGGCUCUGGAUGUCAGCCGGGUCGCCCUGAGUGGGUUCUCAGCCGGCGGCAACCUGGCCGUGACGGUGCCGCUGCGCCUUCGCGACCGGUUGUCCACCCAGCUCAAGGAACACUUUGGCCGCGCAGACUCGACCCAACGGCUGGUAGACCGCACUAGCGACCUCAACAUUGUCGCCCUGUUCUGCUGGUACCCCAUUCUAGACUUCCUCGAAUCUCGCGACCACCGCCGCGCCAUGAGCAUUGUGCCCGACAAGACCCUGCCGACCUUUUUCACCGACCUGUUUGACGAAUCUUAUCUUCCAGAUAUCAAUGACCGGUCCUCCGCCUUCGCAUCCCCCGUGCGCGCUUCGGAUCGCAUCCUCGCCGAGGCUCUCCCCCAUGAUGUGUUCUUGUUCAUCUGUGAGUGGGAUAUGCUGAUGAAGGAGGGCCAAACCUUUGUGCGUCGCCUGGAGGGGCUGGGCAAGCGAGUGCGAGCUAUGAUGAUCGAGAAGGCCCAACAUGCCUGGGAUAAGUCGCCCAAUCCCUUCCGAGACCAGGUCAGUGUAGAUGCAUUUUACCGCGAUGCAUGUGCCGAUAUGAAGGCCAUUUUCGAGCGGUAA